CCUUGUUCGGACGGGUGUGGCCUGCUGUGGGACCGCAGGUCGUCGUGGCAGCCGCCUUCUGAAGGCCGCCGGUGAGGCGGUUCCCGGGGGCUCGGGGGGAUACUCGCAAGGUCACCCGGCGUGUUUGCGUAGCGAGGAGGAGAGGGCAUCGCUCCCGUGUUUGCUCUCCUCUGAUGCAAGUUGAUGAUUUGGCCUCUCUCCCUCGGCGCGUCGGUGUGCUGACGAACGGGGGGUCCGAGGGGGCUCCCGCUCGCCCUCCGCAGAGCAGAGGAACGGCCCUUUGUUCCCUGCCGGCACCUCGGCGCUCUGCCCCUGGUGCAGCACGCCUUUACUUCGGAAAGGCUGGCGACGUGGGCAAGCCUCUCUUCGUGGAGGACUUGUCAGAAUACCUUUUACAGUUGGUAUUUAGCUGUUUCUUGUCUUGGAGCUGUGCCUCUUCGGCGGGGUUGUUUUUUUCUUUUAUUUUGUUACUAUGUUACCACAUUUUGGUGCGGUAGGAAGAGACUGAGGGGGUCCUGCUGGAGCACGUCUUACCGUGUCAACAACCUGAGAAGUCCGUGGCAUCUCUGACUUUUUGUGCCUUCUGCAAGUAUCGGCUAUAUGCAGCUACCUUGGCAGCUGUUGGUAUUAUUAGGCUAAUUAACUUAUUUUCAUAGUGGAGGUACAGAGUAUUCACCUUUUAGGAAGGGGGAGUACUUAAGGAAAAAAAAGGCAAUGAUUUAUAAUUGUAUCGCCUCGCUGUCUGCUGCAGAAGGCCAAUGAGGAUGUGGGCUCCUCAAAGUAUAUUGAGGCAUUUGUGUUGCAAACAGGGUGGUAGCAAAUUUUGGCCUUUGCUGCUUUCCCAAUCUGUAAUUUCUGUUUUCUUAAUAGAUUUUGGGGUCUGGAUUAGAAUUUAUCACAUGAGAUUAAAAGAUUUACAAGCUGGCUGUUCUCUUCCCGCUUAAUUUGCGGGGAUCCCAAGCUGUCCUCUCCCUCAGAUGGCUUGAAGCUGGAGGAGCGAGAAGGCUCUGUGUAAUCUCUCCUGGAGGUAGUAUGGGCCAUAUAAGCUCUUGUUAACAUUUAGGUGUGCUCUCUCAGGGGUUUGCUUCGUGCUGUUUUCUCUGGAAAGGGCUCCGUCUCCAUGCCGAGACUCUUGCCUUCUGAAAAUGGCUUCUCCUUGCUGUUCUUCGAAAAACUCUGGUUGCUUAUUUCUUUGGUGUUCUUAUUUGAACUUGGUCAGGUCUUGGUGACCUACCAGAAGUUGUUACACUACAGUAAUUCCUUAAAGCAGGUUUUAAAGGCAAGACUUCUUUCUUCCUUUUCCAUCCCCUCAUUCCUGUGGUUGUUUUUUUUUUCUUGUUGCUGAGACAAACCCAAAGGGGAUUCCUUCCAGAACUGACCACCUGCUUGGCAGACUUGAGGUGUGGGAUCUGCUUCUGGUUACCAUAGUCCUGAAGUCAAGCCUCUCUGAACUCAGACUAGUACAGAAAAAGCAGAGAAUCCGCACCACCUUUUUUUGUAAUAAAGCUUUAAAAUACUUGAGGGUUUCUUUAAAAUUUAUUUAAUCCUUCUUGUCCACUGAACUAGACCAAGCAAACAAGUCUGGUCAGUUUUUUCUUCCUCCUGACCUAGGCCAGCCUGGAUACCUGGUUGAGCUGCUGGGAUUCCCAGUUUUUCAGGGGAAUGCUGACACCGUAUGUUUGUACUUCAUCCCCACCCCCAAAUAAUUGGCACAAGUCAUAAACAUUGGCUUGCUUGAGUGCUGCGUGAGAGCAUCCCCAAAGCCCAUUUUAGGAAGACAGUUGAACACGGUGUGUCUGUUUGAGCAAGGUGAGGGCAGCUGAAGGCAGAGUGGCCUCUGACUAAGCUGCCAAUUAAAAACUGGAUAUUCUGCUUCCCCCUGGAGAGGCGUGGAGGCUGCUGGAAGUGUGCUUCCUCUUAAAAUAUCUGUGGGAUUCGUUUUCUUUGGAUGGGUGACAGAGCACAGAGCUGACCUACCUGGGGGUUUUUUGUACCCAGACAAAUGUUGUUUGCAAAUCUGCGUAUAAUGGGAGUGUUGAGUGUUGUGGUUUUACACUGUGCUUUUGUGGGUUCUCUCUGUUUCAGAAACUUCCUCACAAGGGAGGGAAGGACGAUUACUUCAGUCUUUGGCAAGCAAUUUCAGUUUUUAUUAAGUAGGUACCUGAUCCUGGCAGAGCUCGUCUUCCCUCCGUGCAGGGAUAAGCGAUGUGAACUGUAUUGGACAGACUGUUGGCACGCCUGUCUUUUGUGACCCUGCGCACGUUUCCUGCCCCCCUUGGCCCCCCCCCCCCCCCCCCCCCAACUGAAUUAAACUGGGAUUUUAGGCUUGUAGCUAGACAGAGCCCCAACUGGGUACACUUAAUAAGAUAUGUGCCUGCCAGUCAAGGGGAUAGUAAACACAGGCUGGCAGCUGGUGCCUCAGCACCCUCCCUCGCUGCUUCUCCUCCCUUCUGUGCUUGUGCCAGCAGAACGCGGCAGCCGGCAUGACAACCCGGCCUUCCGGAGGAGAGGCUGGCCCUGCUGUCCUGAGCAGGAGCGGGUCUCCGCACAAGUCACGAGGCUGUUCGGGUGGUGUGCUUGUGUUCUGGAGAGGCUGGUGCAGGUGAGCUGUGCUGGAAGCAGUUGAGUGCCAGGGCAGAGAGGGGUGUGUUAGAUGUGCUGAAAUAGCUCUGCCAGAGCAGACGGUUGGCCUGCUGGGUUUCAGCAGCGGCACUUGGCAGCGAGGUCUGUUUGGAGCCAAAUCUUGUCUAUGUGUGUGUCAUUUUGUCUCUUUUAAUACACUGCCCUGACUUGCUUGCUGCGAAGGGAGUAUGCAUCUGGAGAUCAAAGUUGCUCUUAACUUCAUCAUCUCAUACCUGUACAACAAGCUUCCUCGGAGGCGGGCAGACCUGUUUGGUGAGGAGCUAGAGCGCCUGCUGAAGAAGAAAUAUGAGGGUCACUGGUACCCGGAGAAGCCUCUGAAGGGAUCUGGCUAUCGCUGUGUUCAUAUAGGGGAGACGGUGGAUCCAGUGGUGGAGCUGGCGGCCAAGCGGAGCGGGCUGGCCGUGGAGGAUGUGCGCGCCAAUGUGCCGGAAGAGCUGAGCGUCUGGAUCGAUCCUUUUGAGGUUUCCUACCAGAUUGGCGAGAAGGGCUCUGUUAAGGUUCUCUACCUGGACGACAGCGAGGGCUGCAGCGCCGCAGAGCUGGACAAAGAAAUCAAGAGCAGCUUCAACCCUGACGCCCAGGUAUUUGUCCCCAUCGGCAGCCAGGACAACUCACUGUCCAACUCUCCGUCCCCCUCCUUCGGCCAGUCGCCUAGCCCCACCUUUAUCCCUCGCUCUGCCCAGCCCAUCACUUUCACCACUGCCACCUUUGCUGCCACAAAGUUCGGCUCUACCAAGAUGAAGAAGGGCGGAGGAGCCGGAGGAGGGGGCGGUGGAGCUGGGGCUGGGCAACAGCCAAGGAUGGUCAGGUCUCCCACCACCAACCUGCUGAAGCACAAGGGCCUCUCCCUGUCUAUGCACUCUCUGAACUUCGUCGGGAGCGCUGGGAGCCAAGCCCCGCAGUCGCAGCUCUCCCCCAACGCCAAGGAGUUCGUUUACAGCGGUGGGUCGCCGGGAGCCAGCAGUCUCUUCUUCGAUGGUGUUGCCAGUGAGAGCCAGGCCAGCAGCAUCCCGCCGGCGGCAUCGCAGUUCAACACUGGCACGGGUGGUACCUUUGAUAUGGCUCAGGUCUUUGGUGGCAGCACCAACAGCCUCUUUUUGGAGAAGUCUCCCUUUGUGGAAGGACUCAGCUACAACCUGAACGCCAUGCAGUAUCCCAGCCAGUCCUUCCAGCCUGUCGUCCUGGCCAACUGAACACAAGGAAGGAGAGUAUUUUGGGGAGGGGGGGGGGGGGAGGGGGGGAAACAAGAACAAAACAAACAAACAAGAGGGAGAGAAAAGAAAAAUAGAAAUAUACAGAAAAUAUUCAAAUCUUAUAAAUAUAGCUUCUUGGGAAAAGAGAGAGCCCAGUGUUGUUGCGCUGUGCUGGCAACGCUCCUGAAGCACUGACUUGUUUUUUAACUCAGUCUCUGUGCUUUUUUCCUACUCACUUUUUUACUCCUUAAAUAAGUGUUGGGAUUUUUUCGGUUUGUGUUCCCCCUUUCCCCAGCCCAGCCCAGGACUGGUGCAACCAUAGGUCACGAUGCUUCUGAUUCCCUGCACCCCUCCCAGCGCUGGACACAGGGGCCUUCCACCUGGGUGUAGGGAUGUCUUCUUCGUACCACCUCGCUGGAGGAGGGACGGGGAGAGAAAGAGUCGAUGUCGGUGGAGAUACACACGCUCUUGUUGUGUGCUAGCCAGAAAUGGGCGGGUGAGCUUGCUUUUUCUGUUACGGCUCUGCGUGUAGACGGAGAGCAUCUACUGUGCCCACGGGCGUAGACCGAUGUGCUGUUGUUGCUCCAGCCCGGGCUGGCGUCAGCUGUUCUGUCUGUGCUGAAAAGCACUAUUCUCCUUGACUGCCUCCCAGCACGCAGCAGGGAGGGCAGAGCGUUACUGUGAAAUGGCUUCUUCCUGCUCCCUUCCUCAUCUGCACUUCCAGCCACAGCUACAGGAGGACAGCGCUUUAAACUGAGUGACUCUGGUUAUCGUCCCCUUCCGCAUGUGAGCGAGGGGGCCCUUCCAUGCCCUCUGGGGGCUGGCCGGUCUGGGUGACAGCCCUGUGGGGUAGAAACACCACCUGCUUGUCCCUGCGGCUGGGGGAGGUGGUGCUGAGCCAGGCGGCCCCACUUGGAUCCUGCCCCCACUUCCCAGACGUUGUCCCCAGCAGCAGGGGCCAGCAUCCACCUGGGGCGGCCUCUGAGGUCUGAUUUCUCGUUCCCUGCUGGGAAUUCAUCUUCUUGCCUCGGAGAGAGAAUUCCUUCUUUUUUAGUUAGCGAGGCAGCACUACUUUUGAGGAGGAGAAAGGGCUAUGUUGUUGAAGCUGCUCUCUGGAGUGGUAGCGUAAGGGUUUGUGCUUUCAGCCAGGUAUGCGCCUGACUAAAUCCCCUCCUCUGCCCGUCUGGAGGAACGGGAGGAGGUGGCUGAUCUGGUGCGGAAAGGAAGCACCUAGAGUAAACUCAUCAUUCUAGCUAGAUUCUGUCUGGCAGGCAGCAGGUUUAGAGCAGAGUGGGGGGACGGGCGCUCUGAUGGUGAGCAGCCAUCCUGGGGUGUGAAUGUGCGGUGCCUCCCGGCUGCAGGGCUGGGAUCUGGGAAUGCCCCUGCAGCUUUCCCCAGGAUGACGUGCUGCAGUCGGGCUGUAGUGGCUUUUCAGUAGGUCACUUCUGUGUCAGGGACUCCAAAACCCACCUUCACAGAAGCCAAAGGAGGGCUGGUUCUUGCCAGGCAGAGUGGAGGCUCUCUAGGUGGGAAGGAGGUGUCCUUGGAGGCUCUUGUGGGAGUAUGGAAGCGUGCGAAGAGGAGAGAGAUGGAGAUGAUGAGACUCCAGUCUUUGAAGUUCUCAGUUUAAAAGAAAAGUAAGAGUUUUUUGCUGCCUCCCAAACUUGAGGUUUGGUUUUCUUUUUAUGAUGUCUCUGGAGCACCCUCUGAAACCCACUUCUCCUGUAUCUGUUGAACCAGUGUGCUCUUUCAAGACAUCCCUGUUUCAGGGGAGAUGGGCUUGAAUUCGUGCUUUUCCCGCUCCCUUCCCUCAAGCUGAGAUGAAGGCACUCCAGCCCUCUUGUAGUUGUGUUGCCAAUGAGCCUUUGUAGAGGUAACGGGCUGUCCCAGGGAGACUGCCACUGCCUGGAGCUCUUUAAGGAGAGUUUUCAGCGCACCCUUCCCCUCGCUGGGUGACGGGGAGGCAUGGUCCCGACCUCGCGCCCAGCGUGGGUUCCUGAGCAGGCUGCUUGCCGUCGAGCUAUGACCAACAUGGUAGGUGGAUGAGGAGAGUGGAGCCUGGCUAGCUUCCCCCAAACCGGCGCCCGCAGCCUCAGCCCUGCAGGUUUCCAGACUAGGACAAGUUGCUGAGGAACAGCUGAGCUGUUGGGUUUCCCUUUUUUCUUUGUUUUUUUGAACCCCCCCACUUGCAGACGUUACCACUGCCACCCCGUCCUUCUCCCCGGGAGUGUGCUGCUGAGUGCCAGCCCACUUGCCAUACUGGACUUAGGGGUGCUCGGCCCCGGAUGGUGGGACCUGGUCCAGUUGCCCCCCACUGUCCCCGCAUCUGGCAAAGCCACCUGUGAGCCGCUGCUGCGGGACAGCGUGCUCUCCUACAGCACCGGGAGGGAGGGGAGAGGUGGGGAUGCCCCCCGGCCACCCGCUUGUGUGCGUGAAGCUUUGAUACCGCUUUGCCCUGCCACACGUAUUAUACCUGCUUUAAAAAUAGUGGUGUGAGUGGAAGGAGGAAAAGAGGAGGGACCAACCUCUUUGUAGCUUAAAAGGAAAAAAGCGUGCUUCAGAAACGUUCCUCCAGCGUCAGGCAGCAAUGGAAACUAAUGGCCUUUUCGGGUCUUUUCUAGUCUUGGAUGUAGGCGUUCAGCUUCGAUUUUAUUUUUUAAAAACCUGCACUAAUUUACCUGGUUUCUUAGGAAGAGAAGAGAGAAAUUUUUUUUUUUUAACUUUUAUUUUUUAUGGGUUUGUGUUCUUUUUGUUGAUGUCCGUUUGUAUUGAAUAAUUUGCUACAUUUGUAAAAUGUAAGAGGUAUAUAUAAUAUAUGUAUAUUUCUAACGUAAAAAAAAACUGUAAUUUUUUUCUUUUCAAGAUUUUUUCUUAAGAGGAGAGAAAAAAAUAUUUUUUCAGGAAAAAAACUUUAAAAAAAAAAAGUGGUGAAGAUUCCUUUCUCCCCACUCAGCCUCCCUCCUUUCCCUCCUGCCCCUCUCCGAGGAGUGAAUCAACAGUUGCCUUGUGGGAGAGAAUGAGUGAAAGAGGACAGAAGUCUGUAUGUCUCCGAGCGGAGGGUUUCCGUGUGUGCUCUGCUUGGGUUUCUUUCUGAGAAGGGGGCUACUGAGCGGGGGAACCUGGGGGUUGCUGUCUUUUUUUUUUUUUUUUUCUUUUUCUUUUUUUUUUCUUUAGCGAAGGAGGAAUACAAUCAGAGUUUUGUAUUCAGAAUGUUGUGCAAUAUUUUGGAACGGGACAUUGGUGUGUCUAGAGAUUUAGUUAAAAACAAAAAAACAAAAAGGUUGAUCAAAUCUGUACAGUUUCUAUUGUUCCAGAUUUUUUUAAGUUUGUAUUAAAAGCAUGAUAUAAUAA